UUAUAAGAGGUAAUGCAACGCUUGGUGUGGGAAGUAACCUAUAGGCCGGCUUACCGAAAGAAUAAGAGGAACACUCAAUCAUUCAUGGUGCAGCUUUUGUCAGUCUGUGCUUACUGGCUGCUUAGACUACUGGAACAGAUCGGAAAGAGUGGUAGCCUAGCCUUUUCCUCUAAAUACAUUAUUUACGCAGCAGCGGAUUGCUAGGUAGGCUAAUAUAACCACAAUCACGGAUACUGGUACAGUCCCGCCGGCUGAUUCAUUAACAAAAAUGAAACAAAUAUGUUAUGCUUUACUUUAUUUUUGACAGUCAAACAGCCAAAAACACGCAUUAUUUUUUUGUGACAGGCUGCGAUGUUCACGGCGGCAUAUAUUAUUAUGAAGCAGCAAGUAUGUGAUGGUGUCCAAUAGCUGUGUCCAGUCCAGAGGGAGCCGAUGCCACGCUACGGCUCCACAGGCACAAGGCGUCCGGCAGCUAGAUUACUGAGGGAUUACACGGACACUCGUUAACUCAAUGCCACAAAACCGAGACUGAGUGGGAAGUCUGGGAACAUCGACCAGGGAGGGACUGAAUGGGCGGCCGGCCAACUGACUGACAGACUGCUAUGGGAAGCGCAGGAUACUCUACAAUCUCUGUGAAUGUAACACUCAACUAAUUUUACCAGCGGGAGUUGAGCUGGGAUCGCUCCGCUAGGAUCAGAGACCAGUGGUGAAUGUCUGCCUCUGCCAUCCAGUGCAUCUAUCUGUAGCAGGCACAGAUGGUGGGGUGUUGCUAUGACAACACUUGCCCUGCACCAGGGUGUGGAGUUGUCUCCUGACUUGCUCUACUGUCUCUGAUAUGAGACCUCAUCAUGCAAUAACCAGUGGACACCAGUAGUCAGCUGAGCCAUGGCAAAACAGGACUCCCCACUGUUCCUCCACGGCUUUGACCUGGGGGGACACUUCAUAGACCCCCGGCCUCUGGGCAGCGGGGCCACUGGUCUGGUUCUGUCCGCUGUGGACAAGCGCAGCGGCCAGCGGGUGGCUGUGAAGAAGCUGGUGAUGCGUGACGCGGUCAGCGUGAAGCACGCACUGCGAGAGGUCAAGAUCACACGGCGCCUGCAGCAUGAGAACGUGGUGCGUGUGCACGAGGUUCUGGGCCCUUACGGCCACCCGCUGCCUCGCGACCCAGCCCAGCUGAGUGCCCUGUACAUCGUCCAGGAGUGCAUGGAGACGGACCUAGCUCAGCUGCUAGAGCAGGGACCACUUCCUGGUGGUCACGCCAUUUUGCUCUUCUAUCAGCUACUACGAGGCCUCAAGUUCAUCCACUCAGCUAACGUGCUGCACCGCGACCUCAAACCAGCCAACGUGUUCCUCAACACAGACCAGCUACUGCUCAAGAUCGGAGACUUUGGCCUGGCUCGAAUCGUUGAUCCACACUACUCCCAUAAGGGCUACCUGUCAGAAGGCUUGGUGACUAAAUGGUACCGGUCUCCACGCCUGUUGCUCUCACCCAACAACUACACCAAGGCCAUCGAUAUGUGGGCAGCUGGCUGCAUCCUGGCAGAGAUGCUAACAGGCCGCAUGCUCUUUGCAGGAGCCCAUGAGCUGGAGCAGAUGCAGCUGAUCCUGUAUACGGUGCCUGUGUUGAGGGAAGAGGACCAUCACGACCUCCGGCAGGUCAUCCCCUCCUACGUCAGCCAUGGUUGGAGGGUCAGGAGGUCCUUCAGAGAACUACUACCUGAAGUAGAUGCAGAUGCCAUAGACUUCCUGGAGCGUAUUCUGACCUUUAACCCCAUGGACCGGCUGACGGCAGAGGCGGCCCUGUCCCAUCCCUUCCUGCAACAGUACUCGUGUCCCCAGGACGAGCCCAUGUCACCCCAGCCCUUCCGCAUAGAGGACGAGCUAGAUGAUAGCCUGGUCACGGAGCCCGGCCACAGCCAGGCCUCUAGGUCUCACUGGGAGAGGUAUGAUACCAGCCUGUCAUCAGACCUGUACUGGCAGCAGCAGGGUGGCUGUCAGUGCAUGCCUGGGGUCUCAGAGGUGGUCAACUCCAAAGAGGAGGAGGUCCAGAGAGAUCCCAGGGCAGGUUCCUACCCUCUGUUGGAGGAGGCCCAGGUGGACCCUCGCAAGUAUUCCCACAGCAGCUCUGCCGAGCGCUUCCUGGACCACUCCCACUCCUCUCUGGUGCGGGCCUGUGGGGGCGGGGCUUAUGCUGAGCUGGACUGUGGUCACUCAUGUGACUACAAAGUGGGCUCCCCUUCCUAUCUGGACAAGAUUGCGUGGAGGGACGGCAAGCCGCAGCACUACUCCGAGCCCAAGCUGAUCCUGGACCUGUCUCACUGGAAGAGGAAUAGCCAGCUCCCUGUGCCUGAGGGGCCUGAGCCUAGAGGGGCCAGCGUGGAGGAGCUGCCUGUCGAGGAGCCACCUUGGGACCUAUUCCAGGAGAUCUCUCGCUGGGUGGAGAGCACACAGACUCACCUGUCCUCCGCCAGCCCACCCCAGGAACUCAUGUCCUGCCCCAGCCCACCCAAGGAACCCCUGUCCUGCCCCAGCCCACCCCAGGAACCCCUGUCUUACCCCAGCCCACCCCAGGAACCCCUGUCUUACCCCAGCUCACCCCAGGAACCCCUGUCCUGCCCCAGCUCACCCCAGGAACCCCUGUCUUACUCCAGCUCACCCCAGGAACUCCUGUCCUGCCCCAGCCCACCCAAGGAACCCCUGUCCUGCCCCAGCUCACCCCAGGGACCCCUGUCUUACUCCAGCUCACCCCAGGAACUCCUGUCCUGCCCCAGCCCACCCAAGGAACCCCUGUCCUGCCCCAGCUCACCCGAGGAACCCCUAUCCUACCCCAGCUCACCCCCACUGCCCCUUUUCCCCACCUCUCUCCCUGCCCCACUCUUUCACAGCUGUUCGCCGGUCAUACAGCCGUCACCUGGACUGGACAAGCGCCACACACUCAGCCCGCCUGCCGCGUCCCAUUCCCCUCCCUCCCGGUUGCCCUGUUCUCCCUCGUCUCCUCCGCCAAUGUCACCUCUCAUUCCUUCGUUGAUUCAUGAGCCCCCACAGACUCUUCCGUCCAGGGGGCAAGGGGGCCCGUUUGACCUAGACAUGUUCAUCUCUCGAGCGCUGAAGCUCUGUGGUCAGAGUGAGGACCUGGGGGGAAGCCCGGACGGGGCCAAACGGGCUAACAUCAAGAGGGUACCUAGACUCCCGGAGCACCGGCCACCCCUACCUCAGACUCCCAACUCCUAAUAGGACCUAGGUCCAAGUCUACCACAGAGGGUGCUGGUAGACUGUGGGAGCGGCGUUUAAGGCUACCACAGAAAGCACAGGUAGACUGUGGGAGCCGCGUUUAAGGCUACCACAGAAAGCACUGGUAGACUGUGAGAGCUGUGUUUAAGGCUACCACAGAAAGCACUGGUAGACUGUGGGAGCUGUGUUUAAGGCUACCACAGAAAGCACUGGUAGACUGUGAGAGCUGUGUUUAAGGCUACCACAGAAAGCACUGGUAGACUGUGAAAGCUGUGUUUAAGGCUACCACAGAAAGCACUGGUAGACUGUGGGAACUGUGUUUAAGGCUACCACAGAAAGCACUGGUAGACUGUGGGAGCUGUGUUUAAGGCUACCACAGAAAGCACUGGUAGACUGUGGGAGCUGUGUUUAAGGCUACCACAGAAAGCACUGGUAGACUGUGGGAGCUGUGUUUAAGGCUACCACAGAAAGCACUGGUAGACUGUGGGAGCUGCUUCCAAGGAAUGUGGUAUACUUAGUAAGACUUGCCUUGUAAAAAGCACGAGUUGACUCACACCCAAAGUAAUAAGCGAGGUGCUGACUAACAGAAUAGUAAACGUAUGGAGAAACGCUCUAUAUACUGUAUACUCCCAAUGAUUACUCCUAGUGUAAAAUAGCUUUUUUUUACCCAUUAUCAUUGCGGUGUGCAACUUUUCAUAAGUUACCUUGACACUGACCCUUCUCACUUAAAUGAAUGGUGCUGGUCCUUUGGAUCAGAGCAGGAGGUGAGGAGAGAAAAGCCAGGAUCCAGAUCCGUUAGCUACAAACAACAUAAUGAGCUUCCCAUGGUUUUGCUACUGCAUACAGUAUGUCAUUGAGGUCACUGCUGUAAAUGAAUGUAUGUUUUACAGAAUCUAACAGAAAGUAGUAAGCCUAUGUAGUAAGCCUGCAUACAGUAUGUUGCUUGAAAGCAGAAACUGUACUCAUUACAAGAAUGCCUGCAAAUGAUCAACAGUUAGGUGUGGAGAGAGGAAAUUCCAGGUAUUGUAUAGCAGAAUCGCUUAAAGACAACGCAGCCAGCUAUAUUUGGUUAUAAUUCUGUUGAAAUGACUCUUUCAAACACAACCCUUUAGGUUGGUUAGAUAUCUUCUGGAUGUGAGUAGCUAGAGAUCCUCCUGCAGCAAAUACUUAAGAAGAAUGAUAUACGAAUAUCUUCCAUUGAGUGGGAAGUAUCUCCUAUAAGGAGUCUGAAUGUAUUUAUAGACAUAAGAACAGUUAGGUCUGGUUCGUGGCAUUAGAGCCCCUUCCUCUACUAAGGAAUGUGUUAAUGGAGGAACGUGCAUUAACAACCUGGACCCGAGUCAAAUAACAGUCAAAGAGAGAUGGUCUCUGGGACUCAUAUAAUGAGGUUUUACUGUUAACACUGCUGCUGUGAUUUCAAACAGUAUGCCUUGUACAAUUGUAUACAUUGAACUGCUGUUUCAUAAAGCAUCUUCCAGAUGCCAGUAAUGGUUUGUUCACAGUUUAAGGUUAAGUACAGCUUUUGGGGAUUUAUGUGUGUGUGUUAUUAUUUAGCUGAAAAUGAGUUUUCUCACGGUAACGCAGUAAGAUAUAUCUGUCUAGUACCUGCACACCCACGUUCUCAUCACAGGGAGGUAUACUUAGAACAGUGGCAACACGGUAGUCAGCAUAGCUGAUAUAAAGCUGAUAACAGAAAGCCUAAGGAGUAGUCAUGCACAAGGACAUGCAGCAAAAAGGUCACACACUCAUCAAGCACUCAAAACUCUUUAGGCUGCAUCCCAAACAAACAAACGGCACCCAAUUCCUAUAUAGUGCAAUACUUUUGACCAAAGCCCUAUGGACCCUGGUCAAAAGUAGUGCGCUGUAAAGGGAAUUGGGGUUUGUCAUUGGGGACGUAGAUCUUGUCUCAUGCUUUUACCAUUGUUACUACUAUUCAAUGACAGCUACCGUUUCAAAAUGGUUGGAUUUCAUAAUGAUAUACUCUCGAGUCAUGAGAAAUGUAUCAUUGCACAAUAUCACAUGACAUUGUAAAGGGGACACAGUGAGCUAACAUAGUCAAUUCUGGGAAUUGCAGGGUGAAAACUAUCUUCAGAGCAGAGCGAAGUUUUAAUAACAAAAGCACAUCAGACAGACAUUGCCAGGAACCAGGUUCUUAAAGGCCAAUUAGGCUUCAUGUGUAGUGACAGACGCAAUCUGGGCCAGUCCAUGAUAUUUUACCAUUAAAAUAACAGUCAGCAAUAAUAUCAGUACCAGUCAAAGGUUUGGGUACACCUACUCAUUGCAGGGUUUUUAUUUAUUUUUACUAUUUUCUGCAUUGUAGAAUAAUAGUGAGGACAUCAACACUAUGAAAUAACACAUAUGGAAUCAUGUAGUAAACAAAAAGAUGUUAAACAAAUCAAUAUUUAUUUUAAAUUUGAGAUUGUUCAAAGUAACCACCCUUUGCCUUGAUGACAGCUUUGCACAUUCUUGGCAUUCUCUCAACCAGCUUCAUGAGGUAGUCACCUGGAAAGCAUUUCAAUUAACAGGUGUGCCUAGUUAAAAGUUAAUUUGUGGAUUUUUUCCCCCUUCUUAAUGCAUUUGAGCCAAUCAGUUGCGUUGUGACAAGAUAGGGUUGGUAUACAGAAGAUAGCCCUAUUUGGUAAAAUACCAAUUUCAUAUUAUGGCAAGAACAUCUCAAUUAAGCAAAGAGAAACAACAGUCCAGCAUUACUUUAAGAAAUAAAGGUCAGUCAAUCCGGAACAUUUCAAGAAUUUUGAAAGUUUCUUCAAGUGCAGUCGCAGAAAUCAUCAAGCGCUAUGAUGAAACUGUCUCCUAUGAGGACCGCCAUGAGAAGACCCAGAGUUACCUCUGCUGCAGAGGAUAAGUUCAUUAGAGUUACCAGCCUUAGAAAUUGCAGCUCAUAUAAAUGCUUCACAGAGUUCAAGUAACAGACACAUCUCAACAUCAACUGUUCAGAGGAGACUGCGUGAAUCAGGCCUUCAUGGUCGAAUUGCUGCAAAGAAAUCACUUCUAAAGGACACCAAUAAUAAGAAGAGACUUGCGUGGGCCAAGAAACACGAGCAAUGGACAUUAGACCGGUAGAAAUCUGUCCUUUGGUUUGAUGAAUCCAAAUUUGAGAUGUUUGGUUCCAACCGCCGUGUCUUUGUUAGAUGCAGAGUAGGUUACCGGAUGAUCUCCGCAUGUGUGGUUCCCACCGUGAAGCAUGGAGGAGGAGGUGUGAUGGUGUGGGGGUGCUUUGCUGGUGACACGGUCAGUGAAUUAUUUAGAAUUCAAGGCACAGUUAACCAGCAUGGCUACCACGGCAUUCUGCAGCGAUACGCCAUUCCAUCUGGUUUGCGCUUAGUGGGACUAUCAUUUGUUUUUCAACAGCACAAUGACUCAACACACCUCCAGGCUGUAUAAGGGCUAUUUGACCAAAGGGAGUGAUGGAGAGCUGCAUCAGAUGACCUGGCCUCCACAAUUACCCGACCUCAACCCAAUUGAGAUGGUUUGGGAUGAGUUGGACCUCAUACUGAAGGAAAAGCAGCCAACAAGUGCUCAGCAUAUUUGGGAACUCCUUCAAAACUGUUGUAAAAGCAUUCCAGGUGAAGCUGGUUGAGAGAAUGCCAAGAGUGUGCAAAGCUGUCAUCAAGGCAAAGGGUGGCUAAUUUGAAUAAUAUAAAAUAUUUUUUAAUUUGUUUAGCACGUUUUUGGUUACUACAUGAUUCCAUAUGUGUUAUUUCAUAGUUUUGAUGUUUUCAAUGUUAUUCUAUAAUGUAGAAAAUAGUAAAAAUAAUGAAAAACCUUUGGUUGAGUAGGUGUGUCCAAACCUUUGACUAUUACUGUACAUAGUUAGAUCCAAUAUGCUUGUUGCGACAGAAUAUGUCCCUUUUAAUCUGAGUCGGUUCAUGAAUGUGCCUCAGAAUAGGCCUACAGCUCAAUGCUUCCAGCACGCUGAAUGUAAUAGUUUUGCAUGGCUUGGUCCUUGAUUAAACUGUCAAAUGAUUUUAACUACAUGACUUUAAUAAUGUGAAAUUGUGGACAAUCUUUACUUGAGGGUGUAUCACAUAUGGUGGAAGCGGCAGUUUUCACAGCUGAAAUCAAUUUACUCUUAUCCCUUUUGUAGUUCCUCUUUAGCUGAUGAACAGACAAAUAAAAGUUGACUGAA